AUGAAGCGAGCCGCAGUUGCAGGGACUGUGGAGGUCGCUGAUGGAAAGUGUGUUCUUCGUCUCACCAACCUUUCGUUAGCCGUGCCAAACAUCAACGAUAUGUUAGUGAAGAUAAAGACGAAUGCAAUCCCCGUGCACAGCACCAAGAAAGACCUCACGAAACGGCAGAUCCUCAGUUUCAUCAACCAUCUCCAGAAGGAUUGCGGCCUUGAGCGGGGAGAGAACGGCGGCUGGAACGAUGCACUUCAGUCCAAACUCUACACAUGGUUCUUGAAGUGCAAGAAAGGUAGGAGCCAACACCAGCUCGCCAUAGAGGACGCGCCCAAGCCGAAUGCUGCCGUGAAUGAGCCGGACACACCCAAGCCAAAUGUUUCCACAGACGAUGCCCCGGACUCUUCAUCAGAAUCAAGCAAGUCGGAUUCCUCCUCGUCGUCUUCUUCUUCUUCCAAAGGGAAGGUGGAUACGUCACGGGCUUCUUCUUCCAAGGGUAAGGUGGAUACGUCACGGGCUUCUUCUUCCAAGGGUAAGGUGGAUACGUCACGGUGGGAUUCAGACUGGCACGAUGUUUGGGCUAUGGUGAGCUCCUUAGCAGAAUCGGCCGGUGCAUCCGCCAAAAGGCAGCGCAUCGUCAAACAGCUUUUUCACACAGUGGAGCAAUCCAAGAAGGCUUGGGAUGAUGCUGAGUGA